AAAACAGGACACGAUAUAAAGAGCGCAGUGCGGUAGUCCAGCAGCAGCCUCGACGUGCUGGCCGAUUGCAGGCAAUGCCAGUGAUACGCGUAGGACCCGGGGGCCUCUUGUCUUACAUCCUGAGGUUACGCCGCCGCAGGGUCCCCCACGGCCCAUGUCCGUGGCGGGGAAGAGGCCCGGCGGGGACUCGUUCUCGGGGGAGCUCCAGGCGCAGCUGUCGGCGCCCGGGCAGCUGGCGGUGAGGCCCCGGCUGACAGGGCUGCUGCGCGCCCGGCUGUAUCCGCCGGAGCUGGUACACUUCGAUUUGGACCAGGAGAGCAUCGUGCGCUUCCAGGCCCUCUCCGCGAGGCGUUCCAGCGCUGGCCAGGGGAAGCCCGGCGGCUCUUCGUUCACGGUGCUGCGCUUCGCCCCCGCGUCGGCUCCCGAGAGGGAGAAGCGGGACGGGCGCGAGGCGUUCAACAACUUCGUCACCCGCGCCGGGAAGGUCGCUGGAGAGGAGUUGGACCGCAUGGCCGCGUGCGAGUUCCUCUACGACGCUGUUUGCGGGCCCGACGCCCCCAGCGAAGAGGACAAGCAGAUCAAGGCGAUCCAGGAGGUCCUGAUCUCCUUUGACCGCUCGAGCUUCGGGCAGAUCCGGCGCCUGGCCGAGACGCUCGCGCGCUUCGACCGCGGCGGUGGCGCCGCCGCCGCCGCGGGGCGCGGCGGCCGCGGCCUCCAUACGGGCGAGCGCGAGAUGGACCACGAGUUCGGCGAGAGCCUCGGGCUCGCGUACCCGCUCGACGGCGCCGCCGCGGCCCCCUCCGCGGCGGCCGUGCCCGCGGACCGGCUGGCCGCGGGCCUCGAGGAGCGGCAGGAGCUCUUCUUCCACCGCGCGAAGGCGCUGGUCGCGGGCGACUCCGCCAAGGCUGGGGCGGCCCCGAGGGGCGGCUCGGCGCCGUCGGGCAGGCCGCGCCAGCCCACGCUGGCCUGGUUCCGCGGGCAGUGCGAGCUGCACCUGGUGCAGCAGCAGUCGUCCUCGGGCGGCGGCGGCGCCUCGUCGUCAUCGUCGGCCGCGGCCCCUCCCGGGGGCGGGGCGCCGUCCCUCACGGUGGAGGAGCUCAUGGGGCAGCUCCUCGAGAUGCUGGAGUGCAAGCCCGGGGAGGAGCCCGACCAGAACGCGCUGCUGGAGCUCCUGGGCUUCGAGGCCUUCGAGCUCCUCACGCAGCUCCUGGAGAAGCGGGACGCGCUGCUGGAGGAGUGGGGCGAGCUGAAGAAGCGCGCCUGCACCCUGGUGGGGCAGCGCGAGGCGGCGGCGGGCCCGGCGCCGCCGCAGAGCCGGAAGGUGCCCGGGGUCGGCAUCACGGUCACGUCCGAGAGCGAGAAGCGGAACGCCAAGCUGCGCAGCAAGGCUGCGCAGAAGGCGGCCAGGGAGGCGACGGACGGCAACAACACACAGGCACAGACGAUCGCGGCGCUGCGGCUCCUUGCCAGUAUAGGCAUCGAUGGUGAGGAAGCCGACGAGGGCGUGCUGAAGCCUAAGGUCGCUGCGCCCAAGGCGAAAGCGGCGACAGGCAAUCUGUAUCAGUCGAACCUGGCCGGUAUGGGCCUAAGACUUGUUCUGCCAGAGGGGACGGAGCGCAAGAUGCUGAAGGGCUACGAGAAGGUGACCGUGCCCGCCGCUCCCACGUUCGAUCACACGACGGUUGAGCUCAGACCAGUAAGAGACAUGCCAGAGUGGGCGCGGGUCGCCUUCAAAGGCACCGAGAGUCUAAACACGAUCCAGUCGAUAGUUUACAACGCGGCAUUCGGCCGAUCACAGAACAUGCUGAUCUGUGCUCCGACCGGGGCUGGCAAGACGAACAUCGCCGUGCUGUGCAUAUUGCGCCUCAUCGGACAGCACAUGGACGCCGCAGGCGGUGUCGGGCGAGAUUUCAAGGGGCCGGCGAAUCUACAUGGCGCCCAUGAAGGCGCUCGUGGGCGAGAUCGCCGAGAAGUUCGCUUCGCGGCUCGCGCCCCUGGGCGUGCGGGUGGCCGAGCUCACUGGAGACAUGCAGCUGACGAAGAAGGAGAUCGAGGAGGUGCACGUGAUCGUCACGGUGCCCGAGAAGUUUGA